CCUAACAAGAGAGGAGACAUUUGUACCUCAGAAUCCUCAUCUGUCUAAGAAACUGAAAGCUAACCAGACGCCCAUUGCCAUGGAUUGCUGUGCCUCUCACAGCUGCAGUGUCCCCACCGGGCCUGCCACCACCAUCUGCUCCUUCGACAAAUCCUGCCGCUGUGGAGUCUGCCUGCCCAGCACCUGCCCACACACAGUUUGGUUACUGGAGCCCACCUGCUGUGACAACUGUCCCCCACCCUGCCACAUUCCUCAGCCCUGUGUGCCCACCUGCUUCCUGCUCAACUCCUGCCAGCCAACUCCAGGUCUGGAGACCCUCAACCUCACCACUUUCACUCAGCCCUGCUGUGAGCCCUGCCUCCCAAGAGGCUGCUGGUAGAUGGCUACUUUGCUCAGUGCCCGACAACGAAGAAUCCAGAAGCUGUCUCUUCAGUAUUCACUUGCCUCAGUAGUUUACCAGAUGUUAAGGUAGACCAGAUGACCAAGAUAUGAAGAACUUACCUUUGGUUUUAAUGGGGGAAAAAAGAAAAGUAUUUUUUAUGCUUAUUUAGCUGAAUAACCAUUUGGUUCCUGUGGGCAGGUGAAUGUGUUUUAUUAGCAAAAUACUGUUUCAAUCUUUAAGACCUCAGAUUACAUGUUCUUGGUCAUAUUGCUUCCUGGCUCUUGUUUCUUAUAUUGGGUAUUUUCAUAGAAGAAAAUUUCUUGGUGGGUUUUCCAAUAAACUAUAUUUCUCUGGCAA